AUGUUUCUAUGUCUCAUAAUUAUCAUUAGUUGUAAGACAAUUCAUGGAUGGCCUUCAAGUAAAUCUGAAAUAGAUAAAAAUGAUUGGACUGGUGUUUGGUUUGGUGUCGUUGAAGCGUGUCCGAAAGAUGCAUUAGGUGUUGGUUGGAAUGUCACAUGGGAAAUCGGGUCGUAUCCAACGAUUGAUCAUCAAUGUACAACAUGGAGAAUUGUUUAUCGAAGUGAAAAUGUAAUUCAAUUAGAGAAAAAUAAUGAACUUUGUCGAGGAAACGGAUCUGAUGAUCUUUAUAUUCGAGAUAAGAAUGGAGGAAAAGCAGCAGUUCAAUGGAUCGAUGAUGUUUUAACAUCUGCAUUUAAAUCUCAAGGUUCAUUUGCGAUUGCUCGAAUGAAAAUGCACAAAAAUAUUCUUGAAGAAGAAAUUCUCUUGACUGAUGAUAAACCGGCGAUGGAUAAUGUCGUUGUUUCUCUCCAAACACUGACUUUUCAUUCGAUUAAAAUGAAACGAAUGUCUUUGCACACGAUUUCAAUCUUUUAA